AUGUUGGCGUGUCAACGAUUUGUGAGUGUUGUGAGGAACUCAAGGACACUAUCACGACAUGUCACUACGUGGUCUCCGGUUGGAGCAGCCUUCAAUGCCCAACGGAGGAAAGUUGAUUUGUUUCAGAAGAACGUGGUAAGUUAGCUAGUGGUUUGUUUGCGGACCGCCAUAAUACCAGUAAAUAAUAAGUUAGCUAGCUGCAUAAAAUCCCAACCUAUGUUAAAUGACCUCAUUGUCAAAGUCACCCAUAAUUGUAUUCACUCAAAUACUUGCUCUUUUCAGUUGGGGUUGUUGUUGCAAAGAUCAACCUCGAAAACCAAGAGUUGGCCACACAGAUUAUUGACAUGGCAUUGUACAUGCUAUAUUUGCACAGGGAUUAUUUGGCGUUCCAGGGUUGAGUACUCCGGCUGGUUUCGAGGUGGCUCAGCAACGAGCGCUCAGGGAAACAGAACAGCUGGUAGAAACAGCCUGCAAUAACCCACCAGGCGCCCUGACCGUGGAGACUUUCGACCAACUUUCUGACAGCCUGUGCAAAGUGGCAGAUUUGGUAAUGGCUCACAGGCACACUCAGAGAUCAUUGGCAUCAUUGUUGUUGUCAAGCCAAACUCCUCCCUGUAGAAUAUGAUACACCCAUGAUGUUGUAUUUAUUUUCUUGCAGGCAGAUUUUGUCAAAGUUGGCCAUCCAGACCCUGCCUUUCGGGAUGCUGCUGAGAAGGCAUGCAUAAACAUGGGCACAGUAGUAGAAAGGUAUGAACCCUCUUCUGUAGUUUAUCUAGUAAAGUAUUACAUGAUGUCAAGCAAAACACAUUUUUAAUACAUUCUUUCUUUGAUGUUUUCUCUCGUUUGCCCUGAUAGGCUGAACACUAAUGUCGAACUGUGUAGGAGUCUCAAGAACCUAUUAGAUAACAAAGAGGUAAUGGACUCUUUGGACCCAGACACAAGGCAUGUACUAUUCUCUUCUUUAUUUUCAAUUCAAUCAUUCUUUAUCUUCCUGUUUGUACGAUGAGUAGCAAUGCAUCUUGUCUUUUGCCCGACGACUCAAACUGAAUUCUUCCGCUGCUCUAUGUUUGCUACAUAUUUCAUUGCGGAGAUGAACCUAAUGUCCGUGGGCGUGGCGUAACGUUAGGCCGGAGCGAGUUUGGGUAGACUUGUUUUACUGAUAUUUCACAAUACAUUUUGCAGGAGAGUAGCAGAACUGUUCAUGUUUGAUUUUGAGAUCAGUGGCAUUCAUCUGGAUGAAUCAAAGGUUAGUGAUGUAAUAGGCUAGGAAUGUAAUUUCUAUCACUUACACUUCAUGGAAAAUAUUUUGGGAUCAAUUAUUGUCAUGUACACAUUCAUUAUUAUCCUACUAUACCACAUCCUCAGGGAAGUAUAACCACAAUGUGAGCUUAACCUAAACAGCACCUCUGUUUCACUGUAUUAAUAUUUUCCCAGAGGGGGAAGGCGGUGAGCCUCAAUGUCAACCUGCUGGAUCUGAACAAUGAGUUUCUUAAUGGCUCCCACCUGCCCAGUAGGAUAGAGAAGAGGGCCCUGCCAGAACACAUCCGACACUGCUUCUCCAUAGAUGGCAACUCCAUCCAGAUAGGAGGUCUCCAUGCAGAUUCUCCUGAUGAACUGGUGUGUGCGUGUGUGUGUGCAACCCAGAGGUUUAUCUCUAUACAUAAUUAGUGGUCUUCCAUCUACCAUCCCAUAGUAGGAAAUGGUAUUGGGCAUGAUGGUUUGCUGUGCAGUAGCCUAUAGAUAUUAUAUGCUUGUCCUUUUCUCUUAGGUGCGGGAGGCUGCUUAUAAAAUCUUUCUCUUCCCGAAUUCAAGUCUGCUGCUUUGUCUGGAUGACCUUUUGGCUUGUAGGAAUGAGCUAGCCAAAUUAGUGGGCUAUGAAUCUUUUGCACACAGGGCUUUAAAUGGAACUAUGGCCAAGACUCCAGGUAAGGUACUCUGGCUGUUUACCUCAUUUCUUAGUGCUCCGCUGCUUUAAUUAAGUAUUUAAUUGACUUUAUGAUUCUUCAAACAGAGAAGUGUGUACUAUGCUGUGUUGACCAGUGUGUUUAGGAUGUUUUUGUUUUGCAGAGACUGUCAUGAAAUUCCUUGAAUUGCUGACAGACAAACUCUCGGACAGGUAUGGUAGGAGUCAGUUAUCCAGACACUGUACAACACAUCAAUGUUUUGCCCAUCUCAAACAUACUGUAAGUGUAGCACAUGCUCACACAUUAAUGUCCCUAUUUUUCUAUCCAGAACUGCCAAAGAUUUUAACCUGAUGAGGGAUAUGAAGAUGAAAAUGAACUCAAGAAGUAUCGUGAGUGAUCUUAUAGAUGCGUUUAAGUAGCUCUCAUGGUUCUGACAUCUAUGUGUAGGAGAUCAUGACAAUCCUUCUACUGUUUGAUGUUUCAAUGUUUUUUUAUCUCAGGAACUCAUGCCAUGGGACCACCCCUACUUGAGCAGCGCUGUGCGGGCAGAGAGGUAAGAUACCUAUACAAAGGUAUGCAGUCCUGUAAACCUAUGUGUAUAUUGUUAGUGGAAAGAAUAUAACUUGUUGACAAGGAAUCGUAGGGAAUCUCCUAAAUAAACUAUUGAAAGGUUGAUGGGAGUACCUGAGCUUUAUUUUCUACUAAAAGGCCUCUGGAGGGGGCUUGUGUAUUGCUUAGCGUUAUUCAGGAAACGGUCUGUAAUAACAUAACCUUAUGAGUGUCUGUGUAUGUUUGUGUGUGCAGGUAUAAGAUCGAUCCCAGCCUGUACAGUCCUUACUUCUCCCUGGGGGCCUGCAUGGAGGGCCUCAACAUGCUGUUCAGCCAGCUGCUGGGGGUCUCCUUCCAGAAUGAACAGCCCAUGGCAGGAGAGGUGUGGAGCGAAGACGUCCACAAGCUGGUGAGAGAACACCAGCGCAUACACACAGGAGAGAAGCCUUACAGCUGUGGUCAAUGUGGGAAGAGCUUUGCUGUAGCUUCCUCCUUGACUAAACACCAGCGAACACACACUGGAGAGCAACCUUAGAUAGAUACAGUUGAAGUCGGAAGUUUACAUACACCUUAGCCAAAUACAUUUAAACACACUGGAGAGAGACCUUAUGUCUGUCUAUGUGGGAAGAGCUUUGCUGUAGCUUCCUCCUUGACUAGACACCAGAGAACACACACUGGAGAGCAACCUUAGAUAGAUACAGUUGAAGUCGGAAGUUUACAUACACCUUAGCCAAAUAAGGUGUAUUUGUCUGUCUGUAUAACACUCAACACCAAUGUCUGGGGGCCCAGCAGAAAAUGUAAUAGUUGCUGCUUGGCUUUUUGUAAUUUUAAGGCCUUGUUUCUGUGAUGUUUAGGUAGUUGGGGGUGGAUUUUAUUUUAAGCAGUCCUAAAUGUCAGUUGGUUCUCUUAACAGGCUGUUGUCCAUGAGACAGAGGGUCUUCUGGGAUACAUCUACUGUGACUUCUUCCGAAGGCCUGACAAACCACACCAGGUAAGACAAGCUGCUGCAGAAAUACUGUCUAAAGCCUCUGCUACAGUAAGAUACCAAUGCUGAUCAUACCAAGGCCUUCUCUGUGCCCCCAGGAUUGCCACUUCACCAUCCGAGGGGGGCGUCUGAAGGAGAAUGGGGAGUACCAACAUCCUGUGGUGGUGCUGAUGCUGAGCCUGCCCUCUCCCACACGCAGCACCCCAACACUGCUCACCCCCGGCAUGAUGGAGAACCUGUUCCACGAGAUGGGCCAUGCCAUGCACUCCAUGCUGGGACGCACGCGUUACCAACAUGUCACAGGUGACCUGAGUCCAGGCCAGGGCCCACUGCUUUAGGAGGGAUUUCCCCUGUCUCUCAUUAUUGCAUUGCAUAUGUUGCGCAUUUGCUUAGCAGACACAUUUGCUUAGCAGACACAGUUAGUGAACUACCGUAUGAUAAAUAGGUCUACAAUCUUCUUGUAUUUGUAUGACCUCCUACGAUACAGUACUAGCAUGACAUGUUAUCGUGAAACAUUUUACGUCAUAGUACAGUUGGUAAACAAUCUAUUUUGUGAGAGACUCAUCUUCUCCUGACUGGUCUUUUCCAGGAACCAGAUGCUCCACUGAUUUUGCUGAAGUCCCCUCCAUCCUCAUGGAGUUCUUUGCCACAGACUAUCGGGUGGUAAAUCAGUUUGCACGGCACUAUCAGACCGGACAGGUGGGCAACACAAGUUCAUACCCGUCGUCUGUAACUUUCCCUCUCACACAGUCAUUCUUAAGAUUGUAAUCUAUCUAUAUGGAGUAGCAGUAGUUCUUUAGCUGUUUGUCUAUUGCUGUGUUCCCCAGAUACAGUAGUGUCCAAAGCUGUCCUAUCAGACUGUCUGUUAUAAUACUGUAGACUUUGGCAGCCCUUCUUUUGCCCCUUUGGUAUGAUAAUAGUUCCGAGACGCAUCACUAGCUCUGCAUAAGCUCUGAACCAAAUGCUCUCGGCUGUACUUGAACACACGUUGGUUUUGUGUGAAGUCUUUUGUCAUGAUUCUGAAUCAGACUGAAAGUCUGUUGAUUAGACAGACCACAAACAGACAAGCUAAUAGCAAACUAUUUAUUUAGCCAAAUACUGAAGAUGGCAGAGGUUCACCACACAGAAGACUCGAUAGAUGGGUGUGUUUUGUCUUUCUCCAAAAUAUUUGUUUCUAUUUCAGCCCCUGCCCAAGAGCAUGGUCUCCCGCCUUUGUGAAUCCAAGAGAAUCUGUGGGGCUGCCGACACUCAGCUUCAGGUAUAGCCACAGUGGCAGUUUGUGUGUCUUUCAGUACUUAUGAAAUAAAAUUAUUGGCAUGUUUAUUUUUUCACAGGUUUUUUAUGCUGCUUUGGAUCAAGUGUAUCAUGGCAAGCCACAAAGUCGGUCAACAACAGACAUUCUAAAAAAGAUGCAAGAGAAAUUCUAUGGACUACCUUACGUUCCAAAUACUGUAAGUGCCUAGAUAUCUAAGAGUGAGUCUCAUAGUACUGAAACUGUGGACGAUGUACUGAUCUGUGAAUGUCAGAUCCUUUGGGCAUAAAUAGUCAUUAGACUAUUCUCUCUACCGGAUAUAAACCAUCCGGUUUGUACCCCUCUCUUAAUGUGUGAGAGAGAAUUUAUAUCCAGAGAGAAACAUUAAACAGAAUAGAACAACCCAGAGGCUAUUUCUUCUCAACUGUAAUUACAGUUGUGGGGAGAAUGUGGACAGUAAUGAUUUUCUCCCUGAAAUGGCUUACCACCACAGCUAACCAAUAUCUACUCCGAGAGCCCAUUUUCUAGUCCUUUUCCAUUCGUUUGUUGCCAAAUAGCAGAGCUCAGGUUUUCCCUGGGGUAUGAUAAGAGUAGUUUCCCAAAUGUGAAAAGACCAAUUUAGGUCGGAAUGAAAAAUGAUGCUGUACUUACAUUUACAUCAUUUAGCAGACGCUCUUAUCCAGAGCGACUUACAAAUACUUCUGACUGUAGCCUCCUGUAGCUCAGUUGGUAGACAUGGCGCUUGCAACGCCAGGGUUGUGGGUUCGAUUCCCACGGGGGGCCAUUAUGAAAAAUGUAUGCACUCACUAACUGUAAGUCGCUCUGGAUAAAAGCGUCUGUGGUGUUUUAAUUUCAGGUACAUUUUAAGUUUGUGCCUGGGCUUACAAGCCAAGCUGCAUUUGUUGACUGCAGUGAUCAUAUGGAGCCACUUUCACCCCGGUCUUUGUUUGGAACAUGUUUGGAACUGUGAAACUCAGCUACCCUUUUGAUAGGUCCUUAUCUGUCAUUGACCGUGAGAAGCAAAGGGGAGGGUUCCCACUGGGUUUGGCUUAUAACAAGUCACCACACAGACAGUCGAGCUCUUAUCAUUAAAGCAAGACUGUGUAGGAGUUAGAAACAACUGGCCGGAGAGAGAGAAUACACAGAAGCAGCAUCAUUCCGAAGAGAAGAUAGGUACUGCACGUCUCACUUAUGUUCUGUGGCCAAUUUAGUCGUCUUCUGUAAGGUGGGUGGGACGUGGGAGAGAGGUUUGAAAAAAUAUUUUCAGAUUGACAAUGUUGCUUGAAUAUAAAAUGUAUUUAAUAGUAAAAAUGGAAGUGUCUUUCAGGGUUGGGGUUAAUUCCACGAAUUAAAUUCCCUCUCCCUGUCAAUGUAAUUCAAUUUAAAUUCCAGGUCAGUCUUUGAAUUCAGAGGUAAUUCAAUUCCUCUCAAUUACAAUGUUAUGUAAAUUCAAAGAAUUCAAGUCCCAAUUCAAUAUUAUCCCCAACAAUUCCACAAAUUCCAAUUAGAAUUCAAUUCCCUCAGGCUUUCAGGCUGAUCAUGUCACUGUUCAGACAGCCUAGCUAUACUGGAAGUAUAGAAAUACAAGUUGAAAUGAUUUAAAACAGAUCCUGCAGUCCAUUUCUUAUACUAAGUGCAUAAAUUCCAUUCACUGGGAAAUGUUCAAAUAUUAAAUUCCAAAGAUGUUUUAAUAUUUUUUAUUCCACUUCAAACAGUCUAAUUCAAUUCCAAUUCCAAAACAUGAAGAUUGUUGAAAUUAGAAUUGAAGUCAACGUAAAUUCUCUACUUAAUGAGUGAAUUUAAUUGGGAUUUCAAAUUAAAUUGGAAUGGACCCCAACCCUGGUGUCUUUAGAUAAAGACAGGUAACUGGUACUCUUGUCCCUAGGCCUGGCAGCUGAGAUUUAGCCACCUCAUUGGCUACGGUGCUAAGUACUACUCCUACCUCAUGUCGCGCGCCAUAGCCUCCAUGGUGUGGAGGCAGUGCUUUCAAAAAGACCCCUUCAACAGGUGAGAGAAACUCAUGUUGGAAACGCAUGUUGUAAAUGCAGAUGUUUUAUUUUCUCAAAGGUCUUAUAUGUUUGGUCUGCCAUGUGAAGUCCCUGCUAUUUUACUUUAGGGAAAUCUCUACCUGAUAAAUGGAUUCACUCACACUAGUCUGAUCAUGACGGGUGACAAAAAAGUGACAACACACCCACAUCACAGAUAUCACUGUGACAUCAGGGGAUUUGUGUUUAGAAAUGCAAUAUUAUUUUGCCUGGGGUGUUUUGUUUUUCUCAGAGCUGUGUUUUAUUCUCUGCUCUUUUUGUCUCUGUCAUGGGGGCUUGUAGAGUGGCAGACUACAGUUCCCUGUCAGUGGCAGUGAAAAGCACAGCUCAACCCACAGAAAAACUAAGCCAGUACAGUAUUCAGAGGCAGACAUAUCCUUAUCUGUCUGACAUAAACCCCAAUCCGAUCUCUCUCUACCUCUCUCUUUCUGCCUAUUCACCCCCUCCGUUUAAUGUCCCACCACAGGGACAUGGGAGAGCGCUAUCGAAGGGAGAUGCUAGCUCAUGGAGGUAGUAAGGAGCCCAUGCUUAUGGUGCAAGGUAAGGAGCUCCCACUCAGUCACUAUUUGUUUUGGCCACUACCUUCCUCCCUUAGGGUUCUUGCACACUCUUUUCGCCCUAUUAGUUCCUUCCCCAGGUCACCACUCCUGUAUGUAUACUACAGUGCCUUCAGAAAGUAUUCACAACCCUUGACUUUUUCCACAUUUUGUUGUGUUACAGCCUGAAUUUGAAAUUGAUUACACACAAUAUCCCAUAAUGUCAAAGUUAACAAAUCAAUAAAAAAUGAAAAGCUGAAAUGUCUUGAGUCAAUAACUAUUCAAUCCCUUUGUUAUGGCAAACAUAAGUAAGUUCAGGAGUAAAAAUGUGCUUAACAAGUCACAUAAUAAGUUGCAUGGACUCACUCUGUGCAAUAAUAAUACUUAACAUGAUUUUUGAAUGACUACCUCAUCUCUGUACCCCACACAUACAAUUAUAUGUAAGGUCCCUCAGUCGAACAGUGAAUUUCAAACACGAACCACAAAGACCAGGGAGGUUUUCCAAUGCCUCGCAAAGAAGGGCACCUAUUGGUAGAUGGGUAAAAAAACAAAAAACAGACAUUGAAUAUCCCUUUGAGCAUGGUGAAGUUAUUAAUUACACUUUGGAUGAUGUAUCAAUACACCCAGUCACUACAAAGAUACAGGUGUCCUUCCCAACUCAGUUGCCAGAGAGGAGGGAAACCGCUCAGGGAUUUCACCAUGAGGCCAAUGGUGACUUUAAAACCGUUACAGAGAUUAAUGGCUGUGAUAGGGGAAAAAAAGAGGAUGGAUCAACAACAUUGUAGUUACUCCACAAUACUAACCUAAUUGACAGAGUGAAAAGAAGGACGCCUGUACAGAAUACAAAUAUUCCAAAACAUGCACCUGUUUGCAAUAAGGCACUAAGGUAAUUCUGCAAAACAUUGUGGCAAAGCAGUUACAUUUUUGUCCUGAAUACAAAGUGUUAUGUUUGGGGCAAAUCCAAUACAACGCAUUACUGAGUAUCGUUGUCCAUAUAUUCGAGCAUAGGGGUGGCUGCAUCAUGUUAUGGGUAUGUUUGUAAUCGUUAAGGACUGGGGACUUUUUCAGGAUAACAAAUAAACGGAAUGGAGCUAAGCACAGGCAAAAUCCUAGAGGAAAACCUGGUUCAGUUUGCUUUCCACCAGACACUGGGAGAUAAAUUCACCUUUCAGCAGGACAGUAACCUAAAACACAAGGCCAAAUCUACACUGGAGUUGAUUACCAAGAAGACAGUGAAUGUUCCUGAGUGGCCGAGUUACAGUUGUGACUCAAAUCUACUUGAAAAUCUAUGGCAAGACCUCAAACUGGUUGUCUAGAAAUGAUCAACAACCAAUUAGACAGAGCUUAAAGAAUGUUUGGCAAAUGUUACACAAUCCAGGUGUGGAAAGCUCUUAGAGACUUACCCAGAAAGACUCACAGCUAUAAUCACUGCCAAAGGUGCUUCUACAAAGUAUUGACUCGGGUGUGAAUACUUUGCAAAGGUUUCUAAAAAUAUGUUUUCACUUUGUCAUUGUGGGGUAUUGUGUGUAGAUGGGUGAGAUAACACAAUUCAUUUAAUCAAUUUUGAGUUCAGGCUGUAACACAACAAAAUAUGGAAUAUGUCAAGGGGUAUGAAUACUUUCUGAAGGCACUGUAUAUUAUCAACUUAUAUCAUUUUGGCAAUGCCACCAAUGCAUAGCACUUGAAGUUUGUUUUGCUAGUGCAUAUGCCUUAGGCGCAGGCUUUGGCUACUUCAAACUCUUAAUUAUAGUGGUAUGUGUGAUGAUGGCAGUUGCUUUGCUUUGCCCUGGGGUUGGAAAUUGGUAAAGACUGCUACUGUGUGUCAUGGCCCUCUGAUGGCUCCCAGGUUAUCCUGAAACCACCAUAAAUCUCAAGACAGGAAGCUUUAUUUGUGUUUUAAAGGAAAGAUUCACCCAUUCCCCAGGAAUCGAUGAAACAUUGCUCAGAAAUGCACAAAAAACGAUAUAAUGCUCAAAAUGGGUGAAUAUUUCCUUUAAUUUGCACACACUUAAUUCAAAGCCUUAUUUAUCUCCAGAUAGAUUUUUACAUCCAAUUAGCAAACGUUGAAACUAGAUGUUAUUCCAUCCACUCACAGCCAAAAAGCUAAACCCACUCUCAUUAACAUUCCUUGGAGUCACUCAGAAUUUUGGCACCGGCUCUUGUUUUUCAUAGCCACAGUUGUGGUGGGGCUCUAUAGUCUCAGUGGAAAGAUGGGCUGACGUUCAUGAUUUGUUGGUAGUUGAAGAAGAUCAAAAACAUGAACCACUGGCAUUAAUAUAUGCCAUUUAGCAGACGCUUUUAUCCAAAGCGACUUACAGUCAUGUGUGCAUACAUUUUUACAUAUGGGUGGUCCCGGGGAUCGAACCCACUACCCUGGCGUUACAAGCGCCAUGCUCUACCAAUUGAGCUACAGAGGACCACAUUACUCUCCCAUAGGGCCAAAGUGAGGUAUAUGGCUUUCAUUUUCAGUUGCUGUGGUAACUCGAUCAGGCUCUGAGAGUGUUGACAUGCAUCCCUGGUAAUGAACCUCUUAGUAGCUGUCAACAUGACAUGAGUACAGCCCAAGCUGAAUUGUGUUACUAUACAGAAUAAGCACAGAUACUCAGUGGUGUAUUACAAGCCAAUUUAACAUUGACCUGGUGCCAUCUAGUUUAAUUUCUGUACAUAUGAAUGAACUCAAAAACACAACGAAUCCAGGUUAAAGCAAUAGAUAUCAAUAAAAUAUCAAGAUUUUCUUUCCCCCAGACAAGUUAAACAUUUUCGUCAUAGAAGUCCUUAUAAGUCCUUUGUAUCUAAAUCUGUCCCCCUCUCUCCUGGCUUGUUCCAUGGUUUGUAGGCAUGCUUCAGAGCUCCCCUACCAUUGAAGAAUUAGUGGACGCUCUAGUAGCUGACCUGGACACAGACUCUGUAACCUGCCGUGAUGAUUCCUCUUGAGCAGAUUGUACUUUAGUUGUUUUUUUACCUACUGUGAAUUACCACUGGAAAUUAGGGGCAGUGCCCCUCCCCACUUACCUCGUCCUACACACGGUGAUGUUGAAUUUUAAAAUUGAUAUUACUCUGCAGUGGCCUGAUGAGUAUGAGGGAAUGAAAAUAUGAAGUGUGUAUAAUAUUGUAUUUGACUUGUGAUGCAUCCUUGUCCCAUUGUGAAUUAUGAACCCUUAUAAAACGCUAUAUUGUCUUGUCUACUAUUUGUUUUGUCAUCUGAACAACUAGUGUUCUCUUACUUGGCUAUCACUCUCUAAAUCUCUAGCUACAGGUUUCAGCUAUUGAAUGAAUGAUAGAGGAAUUAUGAUUAUGACAAAAAUUGUUAACCCCAAUACUGAUGAUGACUGUGUGAACUGUGUUAGGGUUAUCAUUAUAAACCCACUAACAGAGGGGGUGAGUUAGAAACUGCUGAGACAAACAUUCCAGGGUGAAGGGGACUGAGAAACUGGUUAAAGGCCUCCUAAAGGUGGG